AUGCCGAUCGACGAGUACGCUUCCGUCGGCGGCGGCCUCAAGCUCAAGGGCGCCAAGGUCGGCAAGCCCAAGAAGAAGAGCAAGAAGGACAAGACCGACCUGGAGAAGAACCUCGACGAUGGCACUGAUGGCGGCGCGGCGCUGGUGAAGCGCCGUUCCGACCAAGACGACGACAACAACGAGGAGGACAAGAAGGUCAAGAGGACGAAGCGCAGGAGUGAAGACCCUGAGGUAGAGGAUGGUGAUCACGAUGAGGAUGGCGGCAGCGGUGGUGGCAGGCACAAGACGGAAGCCGAACGGCGAUAUGAGGAGAGGAAGCGCAAGAGACUCCUCGAACUUGCCGAGUCGUCCAGCUCGAGACCCGAACUACUCAAGACACACAAAGAGCGCGUGGAAGAGCUCAACACCUAUCUGUCCAAGCUGAGCGAACACCACGACAUGCCCAAGAUUGGCCCUGGCUAG